AGGAAUAAGAGCGUUUAGUAAAGCAGAGAAAAUGGAAACCAAAAAACAGAGUUCACUUGGAGGUACACAAGAUCAGAACGACGACAGUCAUGCGAGUGCUGCUCAAAUUCCCGCCAAGAUCCCUCUUAUCACUCCUUACAAAAUGGGCAAGUUCGAUCUUUCUCAUAGAGUUGUUUUAGCACCAUUAACUCGGCAAAGAUCAUACGGCAAUGUUCCUCAGCCACAUGCCGUUUUGUAUUACUCUCAAAGAGCCACCAAAGGGGGUCUUCUGAUUGCUGAAGCAACUGGAGUAUCUGACACUGCUCAAGGGUACACGGAUACCCCUGGUAUAUGGACAAAAGAGCAAGUUGAAGCCUGGAAGCCAAUUGUUGAUGCUGUUCACGCCAAAGGUGGUGUAUUCUUCUGUCAGAUUUGGCAUGUCGGAAGGGUUUCAAAUUCAGGUUACCAACCAAAUGGCCAAGCUCCAAUAUCUUCCACGGACAAGCCAUUGACUAACCAAAUUCUAGUCAAUGGUGUUGAUGUUGCUCAAUUCACACCUCCAAGGCGGCUAAGAACGGAUGAAAUUCCUCAAAUUGUCAAUGAUUUUAGACUUGCUGCGAGGAAUGCCAUAGAAGCUGGAUUUGAUGGAGUUGAGAUCCAUGCGGCUCAUGGAUACCUCAUUGACCAAUUUUUAAAAGAUCAAGUGAAUGAUCGAACUGAUAAAUAUGGUGGAACCUUAGAGAACCGUUGCCGUUUUGCUCUUGAAGUCGUUGAUACUGCCGAUGAGAUAGGGGCGGAUAGAGUUGGAAUAAGAUUAUCUCCAUUUGCUACUUUCAUUGAAUCCGUGGACUCCAACCCUGAAGCCUUGGGGCUUUACAUGAUGGAAUCAUUGAACAAGUAUGGGAUUUUAUACUGUCAUGUGAUUGAGCCAAGACUGAAGACGGUUGGAGAGACACAUGAAACUCCUCAUAGUCUUGUCCCCUUGAGAAAGGCUUUCAAGGGUACCUUUCUUGUUGCUGGGGGUUAUAACAGGGAAGAUGGGAACAAAGCUCUGACCGAUAACCGUGCAGAUCUUGUUGUAUAUGGUCGUCAUUUCUUGGCUAAUCCGGAUUUGCCAAAGAGAUUCGAGCUCAACGUUCCUCUAAAUAAGUACUUUAGAGAGACAUUUUAUACAUCUGAUCCUGUUGUUGGUUACACUGAUUAUCCAUUUUUUGAGAACAUUGUUUAGCAAGGUACUCAAUUUUAGGUGUCAGGGCUUAAAUGAUUUAUUACUAGCACCUAAACAGGUGGGGGAAUUUAAUGGUUUGCUAAUGUUUUAUCACGCAUGUAACAGCCCUUUUGUACUGUAUCUUUUGAAUUAUAAAAUUAAUCAUCAUUAUUGUAUUGCUACUUCAUACUUUUGGACUUGAGCCUAAUGGUGUCAAUCGAUUGUGACCUGGCAACGUAGAGAGGGGCUGUACUAAGCCCCGGCCCUACAUUGUAGCGGAUCAU